GUAAAGCAAGGUCUCCUUCCUAGCUUAGAAGAUCUGCUCUUCUAUACCAUUGCAGAAGGACAAGAAAAAAUACCAGUUCACAAAUUCAUAACUGCACUCAAAUCUACAGGAUUACGUACAUCUGAUCCUCGAUUGAAAGAGUGCAUGGAUAUGUUAAGACUGACCCUUCAGACAACUUCAGAUGGUGUUAUGCUGGACAAAGACCUUUUUAAAAAGUGUGUACAGAGUAAUAUUGUGUUGCUUACUCAAGCUUUCAGGAGGAAGUUUGUCAUUCCAGAUUUCAUGUCGUUUACUUCCCAUAUUGAUGAGCUAUAUGAAAGUGCGAAAAAACAAUCUGGAGGAAAGGUUGCUGACUAUAUUCCACAACUGGCCAAGUUCAGCCCUGAUUUGUGGGGUGUUUCGCUUUGCACCGUCGAUGGACAGAGGCAUUCUGUUGGAGAUACCAAAGUUCCAUUUUGUCUUCAGUCCUGCGUGAAGCCUUUGAAAUAUGCUAUUGCUGUUAAUGAUCUUGGCACAGAGUAUGUGCACAGAUAUGUCGGUAAAGAGCCCAGUGGAUUAAGAUUCAACAAAUUGUUCCUGAAUGAAGAUGACAGGCCUCAUAACCCUAUGGUGAAUGCUGGAGCAAUUGUGAUCACAUCUUUAAUCAAGCAAGGAGCAAAUAAUGCAGAAAAAUUUGACUAUGUGAUGCAGUUCAUGAAUAAAAUGGCUGGUAAUGAGUAUGUUGGAUUCAGUAAUGCUACGUUCCAGUCUGAAAGGGAGAGUGGAGAUAGAAACUUUGCAAUUGGCUAUUAUUUGAAAGAAAAAAAGUGCUUUCCUGAAGGCACGGAUAUGGUUGCUAUACUAGACUUCUAUUUUCAGCUUUGCUCAAUAGAAGUAACAUGUGAAUCAGCAAGUGUGAUGGCAGCAACUCUGGCUAAUGGUGGCUUUUGCCCAAUCACUGGUGAGAGAGUUCUGAGUCCUGAAGCAGUCCGGAAUACCUUGAGUUUAAUGCAUUCCUGUGGCAUGUAUGACUUUUCAGGGCAGUUUGCCUUUCAUGUUGGUCUUCCUGCAAAAUCUGGAGUUGCUGGUGGGAUUCUUCUGGUUGUUCCUAAUGUCAUGGGCUUGAUGUGCUGGUCACCUCCUUUGGACAAGAUGGGCAACAGUGUUAAAGGAAUUCAUUUUUGUCAUGAUCUGGUUUCUUUGUGCAAUUUCCAUAACUACGAUAAUUUGAGGCACUUUGCAAAAAAACUUGACCCUCGCCGAGAAGGUGGUGACCAGCGGGUGAAGUCUGUGAUAAAUCUGCUGUUUGCUGCCUACACAGGGGACGUGUCUGCACUCCGGAGAUUUGCUCUGUCAGGAAUGGAUAUGGAGCAGAGAGACUAUGACUCACGAACAGCUCUGCAUGUGGCAGCUGCAGAGGGACAUGUAGAUGUUGUGAAGUUUCUGCUGGAAGCUUGCAAAGUGAAUCCUUUCCCCAAAGACAGGUGGAAUAACACUCCAAUGGAUGAAGCUUUACAUUUCGGACACCAUGAUGUUUUUAAAAUUCUUCAAGAAUAUCAGGUCCAGUACACACCAUCAGAGGAUAGCAACAAUGGGAAGGAGAAUGGGACGGUUCAUAAAAAUCUGGAUGGCUUACUAUAAUCAUCUUCAGCUAGAUCCUAAGAAUCCAAUCACUUACCUAUUUAAUUGUGGUAUACAUAAGUAAUGAAGAGCGUGUGUGUUUCUAUCUGAUAGUGGUAUAUAUUUUACAGAAGUCUCUGUUACUUCAGUGUUACGUUACAGGAGUUUCUAUACGCACAGGACAAAUCCAAUCUCUUC